UCUUCAGUGAAAAUGUUCAUUUUGAUGCUAGUGCAACUCGAUCAUGGGAGAAAGAACUGAGCAGAUAGUGAUAGUGAGGAUUUCCCCUGCCAAUUGAAGCGGAUAGAGAGCAAGGGAGAGAGAGAGGCGAGGAUGACUAUAAUUUGUACAUUUGAGAAGCCUAUGAAGUUCACGGUGUUCGAGGAGGUAGUGGAGAUUCCGGAAAUGGAAAGAGCGAACGAACAGCUGCGCGCGGGAGCGAGAAGUGGCCAAGGGUCGACGAUACUGAGGAAGAUUGUGACCUACAUCACCAGCCUCCCAAGAAAAUUGGCCGCGUGGCUGCUGGACUGAUGGACGAUGCACGCGGCUCGCAACUGCAGGCGCCAAGAAGACAAUUAAUUGCUGACGUUUCUCGUCACCGCGCCUGCAUUACAUUUGUAUAGAGCGCAUCCAGCUCGAUGAUUUAGGACCAAGGCACUUCCGUACUGACUCGAAGGAUUCAAGAAACUCCGUCACUUCCCCGUAUACCAUAGGGGAAGUGACGGAGUUUCUUGUGAUGGAUUUACAUGUAAGUGCUGUAGUGUAAUAAGCAGAUUUAUGACUUUGAGGCUGCUAAUUGCUCAAUAACAAGAGCAUGCGAUAGUUGCUCGACAACCUCCCAAACGUUAUUUAGUCAAACUGAAACUUGAAACUGAUCCCGUUACUGCUUAGCCUAGCUUUCGAUCGACGCGUUGCUAGUAUACUGAUGAUCUUUGAACUUGAGCAGUAUGUAUUCGUGAUGGCGGAUUGAGCCAUCAAGCAAGUAUUACUAGCCUUGACCUGAUUUUCCUCGAUCGCAUGCAAUGGCGUCGAGGAAU